ACGUGACGUCGCCCUGCUUCAGUUCGCCAAGGGAGUUUGAUGGUUCUUAGGCCGAGUGUCCGAGCUUGCAGGAGCGGAAAAAACGUCACUCGAAAGAGGGCGUCUGACUGGGAGAAGCGGCCUCCUCCGGUCUUUGCAAGUUUGACUUUUUCCCCCCUUUCUUUCUCCUGUGUUUGAAAAACCCUUAUCGCCAUGCCGGUGUUUCACACGAAGACGAUAGAAAGUAUUCUGGAGCCGGUGGCCCAGCAGAUCUCCCAUCUGGUGAUCAUGCAUGAAGAGGGCGAGGUGGACGGCAAAGCGAUCCCCGACUUGACGGCACCGGUGGCGGCUGUGCAAGCUGCAGUGAGCAACCUGGUCCGGGUGGGGAAGGAGACCGUCCAAACCACAGAUGACCAGAUCAUGAAAAGGGACAUGCCGCCGGCGUUCAUCAAAGUUGAGAACGCCUGCACCAAGCUGGUCAAGGCCGCCUCCAUGCUGAAAGCCGACCCGUACUCGGUUCCCGCUCGGGACUACCUCAUCGACGGUUCUCGGGGCAUCCUCUCGGGAACCUCGGACCUGCUGCUCACCUUUGACGAGGCCGAGGUCCGCAAAAUAAUCCGGGUCUGCAAAGGCAUCUUGGAGUACCUGACCGUGGCUGAGGUGGUGGAGUCCAUGGCCGACCUGAUCACGUAUACGAAGAAUCUUGGACCAGGAAUGACCAAGAUGGCCAAGAUGAUUGACGAACGGCAACAGGAGCUCACCCACCAGGAGCAUCGCGUCAUGCUGGUCAACUCCAUGAACACCGUCAAAGAGCUGCUGCCCAUCCUCAUCUCAGGGAUCAAAAUCUUCGUGACCACCAAGACGUCGGGCAGCCAAGGCGUGGAGGAGGCCCUAAAGAACCGCAACUUCACCGUUGAGAAGAUGAGCGCCGAGAUCGUGGAGAUCAUCCGAGUGCUGCAGCUCACGUCCUGGGACGAGGACGCCUGGGCCAACAAGGACACGGAGGCCAUGAAACGAGCCCUGGGGCUCAUCGACUCCAAGAUGGCUCAGGCUAAGAACUGGCUGCGCGAUCCCAAUGCCCCGCCAGGGGACGCGGGCGAGCAGGCCGUCCGGCAGAUCCUGGACGAAGCCGGCAAAGUCGGCGAGCUGUGCGCCGGGCGGGAGCGCAGGGAUAUCCUGGCAACCACCAAGACUCUGGGUCAGAUGACGGACCAGGUGUCGGAAAUGAGGGCCAGAGGUCAGGGCGCGUCCCCGGCCGCCAUGCAGAAGGCCCAGCAGGUGUCCCAAGGUCUGGACGUGCUGACCGGCAAGGUGGAAAACGCCGCUCGCAAGCUGGAGGCCAUGACCAACUCCAAGCAGGCCAUCGCCAAGAGAAUGGACGCGGCCCAGAACUGGCUGGCCGACCCGAACGGCGCCCCGGAGGGAGAGGAGAACAUCAAGGCCCUGCUGAUGGAGGCCAAGAAGAUGGCCGACAUGUGCGAAGACCCCAAAGAACGCGAUGACAUCCUGCGUUCCGUCGCAGAGAUCGCCAGCAUGACCGCCAAGUUGUCGGAUCUCAGGAGACAAGGAAAAGGCGACACCCCCGAAGCCAGAGCCUUCGCCAAACAGAUCGCCGGCGCCCUGCAGAAUCUCCAGUCCAAGACCAACAAAGCCGUGGCCAACAGUCGACCCGCCAAGGCCGACGUCCACUUGGAAGGAAAGAUCGAGCAGGCCCAGCGCUGGAUCGACAACCCCAACGUCGACGACAACGGCGUGGGCCAGGCGGCCAUCCGCGGGCUGGUGGCGGAGGGCCGCAGGCUGGCCAACGCGCUGCCGGGCCCCUUGAGGCAGGAGCUGCUUGGGAAAUGCGAGCAGGUGGAGCAGCUCAUGGCCCAGCUGGCCGACCUGGCGGCCCGCGGCCAGGGCGACUCUCCUCAGGCGCGCGCCAUCGCUCGCCAGCUACAGGAGGCCCUGAAAGACCUGAAAGGGAAAAUGCAGGCGGCGAUGACUCAGGAAGUUUCCGACAUCUUCAGCGACACCACCACGCCCAUCAAGUUGCUGGCCGUGGCCGCCACCGCGCCGCUGGACGCGCCCAACAGGGAUGAGGUGUUUGACGAGCGGGCCGCCAACUUCGAGAACCACGCCAACAGGCUGGGCGCCACGGCGGAGAAAGCGGCCGCCGUGGGGACGGCCAACAAGAGCACGGUGGAGGGGAUCCAGGCGGCCGUCAAGUCCACCCGAGACUUAACGCCGCAGGUGGUCUCCGCUGCCAGGAUCCUGCUGAGAAACCCCGGCAACCAGGCUGCCUACGAACAUUUCGAGACCAUGAAGAAUCAGUGGAUCGACAAUGUCGAGAAGAUGACAGGUCUGGUGGACGAGGCCAUCGACACCAAGUCCCUGCUGGAUGCGUCGGAGGAGGCCAUCAAGAAGGACCUGGACAAGUGCCGCGUGGCCAUGGACAUGCAGCAGCCGCAGAUGCUGGUGGCCGGCGCCACCAGCAUCGCCCGCCGGGCCAACCGCAUCCUCCUGGUGGCCAAGCGAGAGGUGGAGAACUCUGAGGACCCCAAAUUCCGCGAGGCGGUCAAGGCGGCGUCGGAGGAGCUCAGUCAGACCAUCUCGCCCAUGGUCAUGGACGCCAAAGCCGUGGCGGGGAACAUCCACGAUCCCAAUCUCCGCAAGGGCUUUCUGGACUCGGGUUACAAGAUUCUCGACGCGGUCGCGAAGGUCAGGGAGGCGUUCCGACCUCAGGAGCCCGAUUUCCCGCCGCCGCCGCCUCCCGAAUUGGAGCAACUCAACCUCAACGAUGAGCCGGCUCCGCCCAAACCUCCUCUUCCCGAAGGCGAGGUUCCUCCGCCCAGGCCGCCGCCCCCAGAGGAGAAGGACGAGGAGUUCCCCGAGCAGAAGGCCGGCGACGUGGUCAACGAGCCCAUGAUGGUGGCCGCCAAGCAGCUGCACGACGAGGCACGCAAGUGGUCCAGCAAGGGUAACGACAUCAUCGGCGCGGCCAAGCGAAUGGCCCUGCUCAUGGCGGAAAUGUCGCGCCUGGUGCGCGGCAGCAGCGGCAACAAGCGCGCCCUCAUCCAGUGUGCCAAGGACAUCGCCAAGGCUUCCGACGAAGUCACGCGGCUCGCCAAGGAGGUGGCCAAGCAGUGCACCGACAAGCGCAUCCGCACCAACUUGCUGCAGGUUUGCGAACGCAUUCCCACCAUCAGUACCCAACUCAAGAUCCUGUCCACGGUCAAGGCCACCAUGUUGGGUCGCACCAACAUCAGCGAAGAGGAGUCGGAACAGGCGACCGAGAUGCUGGUCCACAACGCACAGAACCUGAUGCAGUCCGUCAAGGAGACGGUGCGCGAGGCCGAGGCGGCUUCCAUCAAGAUCCGCACGGACGCCGGAUUCACCCUGCACUGGGUCCGCAAGACGCCUUGGUACCAGUGAAAAAGACCGCAGGACGCGGGACGCCGCUAAAUGGGGAGAAAAAGCCUCAGCAUUCGGACUGUGAACGUGUGUACAAAUGUGUUGACAAAUCCCGGGAAUUUACAGGAUAUAUUUGGAGUAGAACUUGCAUUUCUUAGAACUUUGAUUUCUUUUGCUGUACUCUUGAGAGUUUGGAAAUCGUCGUACUGAUAAUUGCGUCUCACCUCCGCAAGAUACCGUACAGCGGUUUGCAGGUUUUGAAGAUAAAAAUAUUUCUAAGCUGUCAGGGAAUGAUGUCGAAAUGAGUUGAGGAGCUGCUUUUAGACAAAAGUUGUGGUUUGCUGCCGCCAUGCUGCACCUAUAGGCAAUCAUAAACCUUUUUUAAGGGCCGACAGUUCCUUGCGGAUUUUUGCCUAACGCGUAUUUUGCCUAAGCGUUUCCCAAUCUUCCUUGAGAAGGCACAUAUUUCACGUUCGCACACCACCAAGCAAAAAAAAAAAAAGGCUUAAUAAUAAAAGCAGUGCAUUUAUUGUAAAACGGACUCAACAUAGAAUUAAUCAUUGUAAAAACAAAAUAUUCAACUAAACCGUUUUGGAACUAAAGUAUGCUAGAUAGCUUAAUGCUAACUUUUGCUCCUUAAAUGCAAAACGCUAAUGUAAAUUAGAUAUCGAUGUUUUGGACCAAGUUAGCGGAAUUAAAUAACUGGUUUACACUACUUGCUGUACGAUCACAGACAUUUAAAAGAAACACUGCUCUUUUAUUUUUUUUUUGUUGUUGGUUACGGUUUUAGCAAAUUACUUUUGCCAAAGACUGGUCUUCAGAUGCCUCACUUGCGUUGCUUAGAGAUUAAAAUGAUUGCGCUGUAGAAAUUUGGACAAAAACUAUUCCAAAGAACGCCACGCUGUUGUGCACAAUCAUAGUCAGGAAUUUUUGUCGGGUAGGAUGCGAACUAAGAAGAAGCAGUGUCACCAUAAGCAAAAAAAAAAAAAAAGACCGCCAAUGUGCCUUGAAUUGACACAUUCUCAGAUGUUUAGUAUCAUUUGCGCAAAGAAAAAAAAACCUGCCUCGCUAUGCAAAUAUCCUAAUGAAGUGUGCUUAUUAACAGAGUGCUUGGAUCAUGCCAAGUGUACUCCAGUGGCAACGAUCGGGCUUCCUCAUCAUUCACCAUUUUUUUUUUGUAAUAAAGCAUUUUAUAGCACUGGA